AUGAUCCUCAAGCUUGAUAUGUCAAAAGCGUAUUACUGGGUGGAAUGGGAUUUUUUAAAAGCUAUGCUGAGCAUAUUGGGUUUUAAUGCCAGAUGGGUUAACAUGAUUAUGGAUUGUAUUUCUACAGUUUCUUAUUCAGUUCAAGUGAAUGGAGAAGCUAGGGGUUUAUCGACACUACUGACAAAUGGCCUCAAAUUGAAACUUAUUAAAGGGGUUUCUGUGGCUCAAGGAACUCCCACUCUCUCCCAUUUAUUUUUUGCUGAUGACAGCUUACUGUUUUGUAAUGCACAUUUAUCUGACAUGACCAAUUUCCUUCAAACUGAUCCCAUCACAAAGCAACUAAUCUCAGACAUGCUCGGGGUUCGGAUUGUGGCUUGCCAUGAGAGAUAUCUGGGGCUACCUACACUUACCCAACGAAACGAAAAUAAGAUGUUCAGCCAUGUUCGUGACAUGUUAUGGCAUAAAUUAUCUACUUGGAAUUCAAAAUUAUUGUCAGCAAUAGGUAAAGAGGUAUUAAUCAAAGCGGUGGGGCAAGCACUACCUACUUAUACAAUGGGUGUUUUCAGAUUACCACAAAACUUGUGCCAUGAGCUGUCUGCAAUGCUCGCACCUUUCAAUAAAGCUAUGGUGGCAAAACAGGUAUGGCACAUUCUAGAACACCCUAUCUCUCUGGUGGGGAGAAUGCUAAAGGCUCGUUAUUUUCCGAAUGGAGAUUUUAAGCAAGCAAUUGCGGGGCCUUCACCCUCUAUGAUCUGGAAGGCUAUUCUGUGGGGUAGAGAUGUUGUGGAUGAUGGGCUUGUGUAG